CGAGAAUAUGAGAGAGUCAGAGCGAGGGGUAAACUCUUCAACCGUCACCGAGUCGUCAUUUCCAGCUGACGGAGAGUGAGCCAUAACAAAAAAUAUAUAAAUAUUUCCCCCUUGGGUAUACCCCCCGCUAUAAAAAUGUCAGUAGUCGAAAAUUCUAAAUCGCGUAAGAAAAAGGGUCCUAAAGCAAAGAAUCCGCCUCCUCCGGUCAAGUUGCCAGAAACGGGGGUCACCAUUCCCCAAAGUUCUCAAGAACUGAUAACAAUCCGUCACGUUACGACGAGAAGCAUCGUCAUUUCCGUAAUGAAUCGCAUCUCUCGUGACGCCAUCGAUCCGGAAACCUUCGCGGAAAACCUGUCCGAGCGGAAAUGGGUGGAGCUGAUGGUGUUAGGGUGUUCAGAAACCCACUCCACGUAUGACGAGAGUAUGGAGGUGGAGCUGAAAAUGGAAAAUUGUGUCAGUAUCGAAACACUGGUGAAGAAUGUGGGACAAGUCUUGAAAGGGAAGUUUUUCCUUUGUCGAACCAUAACUCCUUCAAGCAAGAUGGUCGGACUGGACGCCGCUGUGGAGGACCCGGAAGGAAAGCUGGCCAUGCGACUAGCCAUGUUUAAUUACUCGGUUGAUGCUUUCAUGAAGAAGUCAGAUUUCGAGGCGGUGCUCCCACUGGGGACGAUGUUAAUUGUGAAGAAUCCCGUGUUUCAAAAGCCUUACGACAAAUUCGCCGUCCUUGGGUUGAUUGUUGAGAAUCCGGCGGAUGUAGAGAUACUCAGCCCGAAAAGGAUGAGAUUGCUAUUUCCAGAUGUUAAAUGGGAGUCAGAUCUACCCCUCGAAUCUCGAGCCUUGCUGAAAUCGCUCCCCUUUUGGGAGUUCUCUCCUGACCUAAGCGACCUCGAGAUUGCGACCAAGCUCAAGAACGUUGGCAACAAGGGAUUCGUCGAAAACCGAUCAACCGAUGCGAUCCGAUUCUACGACCUGGCUCUGGAAUACUUACCUGACGACGGGGAGGAGAUAACCCCGGCAGAAACGACGCUUCUAGUGGAUAUCCUUACCAACAAGGCGGCUGCUCUGAUAAAGCUGGAAUGUUUUAAUCCAGCUCUAAUUUGUACUGAGGAAGUUCUAGGGAUGGAUGAUGGCCACGUGAAGGCGAUCUAUCGUCACGCCAAGGCGCUCUUUGGACUUAGACUGUACUCAGCAUGUACUGAAUUUCUGGACGAAAAACUCAACCAAUACCCAUCUCUUGGAGAGCAGAGUAAAGACCUUCUCAACUUGAGGUGCUUAUCCUUAGCAAAAUCCAAGAAAAUUCUUCCUAAACUGGGCGAACCACCUGGCAUAGAACUUAUCCGUGCUCUACUCAGACCAGCGCCACGGAGCUUCAAGAAGCCUCAACCUCAGAAAGAUUUACCGGUCGGGAUGGUGGAUCGCAUCUCCGAAUUUCGAGGUCCAAUUGUACUCCAGCCGAGUAAAAUUGGCGAGGGCGAUGGACUCUUUGCCACUCAAGAUCUCGAGCCUGGAUCAAUUCUCCUAGUUUGCAAACCCUUCGCCGCGGUAUUUGUCACCCCGAAGGAGAAAUGGACGUUUACAUUCAACACGACUCCGCACGAAUAUCUUGUCGGUGUGAUGGCAAAUAAGAUUUGGCUGGAUCCUCAUCUUGGCCGGGAUCUUUACACCCUCUGGGCUGGACCUGAACUAAAAAUCUUGACGGAUAAAGACUCUAAUGUGACAAAGGUGGAUAUUGCUCGGAUCGAAAAUAUUUAUGCAUAUAACUGUAUCGAGGACUUUGAAGUUACGGACCCGAGCAAUGAGGACGAGUUCAUUUCUUGUGGUGUUUGGAUCCCCUCGUCUAAAAUCAAUCAUAGCUGCGUUGACGCCAACGUGGUUUGUCGGCACCAUGACUCUGGCAUGGUCAUGAUGGUCACUACUUUCAAAAAGGUGAAAAAGGGGGAGGAGAUUCUCAUGAGCUAUGUCGACCCACUUCUGCCGUUGUGCAAGAGAAAUUUUAUGGAAAGUUAUGGUUUCACGUGCAAAUGUCGACUGUGCAAAAAGGACCGAUCCGAAUGUCCCGUUGUGAUUGCAAAGAGAAGGAAGUUACUCGAAAGUCUAAGCUACAAUUCUAUCACACGCGUGUAUACGUAUAAUCACGACACUCUCGUACGUGACUUGGGAACGAUCCUCGAAGUAGAACGUCUUCGUGCCGCGACGCCAGAGCUGAAUUAUGCUUUGGCGAAUUCUAAAAUUUUUACCAUUGCUGCCGGCGUGUCGGUUGAAAAAGGUCUUUACACCCUGUGUUUCCACGUUUUAAAGAAGAUAUAUGCCGUUCUGAAGAACGUCCCAACCACCUACAUGCAUAUAGACCUCAUGGAAGCCAUUCUGGUUUGUUGUAUGAGAAUGAAGAAGGAAAAGUCUGAGCUUGAAAAAUGGACGCAAGAACUGAGGAAAUACUGUUGUAUUUAUGCCGGUACUUUGGAAAGUGUUCGGGGUGGAUUUCAUCCCUCAAUUCCGGAGGAUUUGAAAAAAUAUGGAAUUGAAUUCUUCGCCCGUGGCCCGAACUAAUUAAUUGAGAAUGCUUAAUAUUUCUAUUUAUUGUCUGUCUUAUGAGUAGUUUUAACACUGACUGUUAGUUUUAUCCCAUGCGUUGAUCUUGUAUGGCUAAUUUUGUUGAUUAGUUUUAGUUUUAGACGAGUUUAUUUGCUUUAAUCUACUUACUUUACACAUUUAACUUACUUUAAUAUAACUAAACUUGAUUAAUUUACAAUGAACAAUUAAAUUGGGAUAAGUUACGAAUA